GCAAUGCAGACCUCACUGAAACUGACACCGACUACCUCGAUUCCAAUGCUUGGCCUCGGAACGUGGAAUUCAUCUCCUGGCGCCAUGAAAAAUGUGAUUUUCUCAGCCCUGGAAGCCGGCUAUCGAUCCAUAGACUGUGCUUUUGUGUAUUCAAACGAGAAGGAAAUAGGUGAGGCGCUUGAAGAGUCUCUGAAGAAACUGAACUUGAACCGUGAAGAUAUUUUUAUCACAUCAAAGUGUUGGUGCACAUUCCUGAGGCCCGAGAAUGUCAAAAAAGGCUGUCAGAAGAGUUUGUCAGAUCUGAAACUUUCAUAUCUUGAUCUGUACCUGAUCCAUUGGCCUGUAGCCCUUCAACCAGGUGAUGUAAAUUUUCCAAGAGACGCAAAUGGUCAAGAACUCUUGGUGGACGAUGUUCCGCUUCUUGAUACGUGGAGG